ACACAGACAGUCGGGAAAUUUACGCCAGAUAGUUGAUCAAAUUGCAGGGGCUGCAAAACAACCGAGAUCCAUUCCCAAAAAGCCUUAAAUGAAGACACAGGGUAAAUACGGAGUGACGGCCACGGCGGCUGCCCAAGUUCUUUGCGAGGAUGUGAGAAAUUUCAGCACACGACGCCGCAAUAUUCUCUACCUAAUGCACCGAUAUCUGGUGGAGAAUGGAUACUAUGCGAGUGCCGAGUCCUUGAAAAACGAAGGACGUCUCUCCGACGAGUACGAACUGUGCGACAAUAUCGACCUGGAUGCCAUGUACCUGGAGUAUGCCAGCUUUUACAACAUGAAAUUCGGUAAAUAUCCGAAAAUCCUCAAAAAAAUGGCAGCCAAAAUUAAGGUGGAUGUGGGUGGAAAGGCGCAGGAGAAGUCGGCGGUCAAGGAACUGCCAAAGAAACCACCGCCAGCGGAUGCUUCUCUGGCCAAUUGGCACAUUGGUGUCGGGGCAGCCACACAGGCAUUGAGUAGCGAACAGCCGUUGCAGAUAAAGAAAAUGGAAACGGCAACGGCAACGGAAUCGAAUGGCCAGGAAAAUGCUUGCGAAAUCGAACACGGUCAUUUGGGUGGUGAUGAUAUACUGUUCUCCUCCAUGGACUGGCAAUCUCUGGCGGAAUUGGUCAAGACUUCCAUACUGCAGGAGAAUAUAAAGAUCAAAUGGUCGGAUGUAUGUGGAAAUCAGCGUGCAAUUGAGUUGAUCAAGGAGGCCGUGCUGACGCCCAUCGAGUUUCCUCAAUUAUUCGCACAUGGCCUGAAGCCAUGGAGAUCCCUGCUCCUCCACGGCCCACCGGGCAGUGGAAAAACCCUGCUGGCCAAGGCUUUGUAUUCCGAGACACAGGGACAGGUGACCUUCUUCAAUAUAACUGCCAGCAUAAUGGUCAGCAAGUGGCGGGGCGAGUCCGAAAAGAUCCUGCGAGUCCUCUUCCACAUGGCAGCGAAGAGAGCACCAUCGGUGAUUUUCUUCGAUGAAAUCGAGAGUUUGACCUCGAAAAGGGACAGGGCCACGGAUCACGAGAGUUCCAAGCGCUUUAAGAACGAACUGUUGCAGCUUUUGGACGGCAUGGAGCACUCUUUGAACGGCGUUUUCGUCCUGGCCAGCACCAAUUUGCCCUGGGACAUUGAUGAGGCCUUUCUGCGGCGCUUCGAGAAGAAACUGCUGGUCCAACUGCCCAAUGCGGCGGAGAGAAGUUGCCUCAUUAAUCGGCUGCUGGGCAGCAGCGUAUCCCUGAGCCCCCGACUUCUCGACCAGCUGGUGGUGAUCUCCGAUCAGUUCACCGGCGACGAAAUACGACUGGCUUGCAAGGAGAUCAGCAUGCAUCGGGUGCGUUGUGCCACCAAGAUUGGGGAUCGAGCCACCGGCUUACAUAAGGAAUCCCCGGCGGCCAUCGAAGCCAAUGUGGAGAAGGCCUUCCGGCAAGUGCGGCCUUUGGGCCAGAAGCUGUUGGCCAAGCACGAGCAGUGGCAGCAGGAAAACGGCUCCUAGGCUGGGACUAUCUUUCCAUUUACUGCGCGGACCCCAUAUAUAUUUCUUAAAAACCUUCUAUUUAGCAUACGUUUUUUUUUAACUACAAUAAAACAUAUGAA